GGGCCUUUCUUUCUCUUUCUUUCGGUGGUGGUAUCGGUAGUAUCGGUGUCUUCGGUGGAAACCAUGAGUGAUGGUAUACACCUACAUAACAGGUUCCACCGACCCUGUCAGAUCUGCAUCUGUACAAAUUGAACAACCUGCCAUUUCUCACCCAGCCAUUUCUCUCUGUCCCUAAACCCUCCCUCAUCUUGCAAGGAUUUUGACCCAUGACCCCGACUUCCAAGCUAGCAAAUGGCAGAAACCCUCACCUUGAACGGACUGUCACUUUGCACAAUUUACCAAGCUGGAAGCAUGAUAACAUGUAUAUUCUUACUGGAUACCGAAGGCCGCAAGAGAGUUGGCAAGGUUGCAUUCGUUCCGUCUAUGCUUAUCUGCAUAACGAAACCGGAAACAUACACACUCACUUGUGGGGCGCGCUACUUUUUCUCUAUCUUCUGAUCACAGUGAAGCCAGCACAACUCACAUCUGGCCGAACGACAUGGGUGGACUCGGCGGUUUUUUCUUUUUUCUUUGGUUCAGCCACAUUUUGUUUCCUGUCUAGUGCGACAUACCACACGUCGCUCGCCCAUCAAUCCCAAGAGGUCUGCUCUCGUUGCAAUGCCGUCGAUUACGUUGGAAUCACCGUUCUGAAUUUGGGAUCCUUCUGUCCAUUGCUCUACUACGGAUUCUUCUGUGAACCAGACCAUCUAAGGCUCUACGGCUUAUUUGUUCUCUUGCUAAAUGCCGCUGGCGUCUUCGUUGUUGUUAAUCCCGAAUACGCGAAACCCACGCAUAUCGUUCUGCGCACCACGAUUUUCGUGGGAAUGAGUCUCAUCGUGGUCAUCCCGAUGUUUCAUUGGUUCGUUGUACAUGGACUAGCGACGACACUCACGGGGAUGGGUUUGAAGUGGUUCCUUUUGGACUCGUCCAUCUAUGCCGGAGGUGCUUUGCUGUAUGCAAACCGGAUCCCAGAACGCUUCAAUCCCGGCGCUUAUGACUAUCUCUUUCACUCCCAUCAAAUCCUCCAUGUCUGCGUGGUAAUGGGUGCUUACCUUCAUUAUAAGUUCAUAUCCAUAGCACUUGAUUAUUCCCAUACUCAGUCCAAGUGCGCAUAACCCGUUUUUCUGUCAAAUCGCGUUACCCGUAUGGUUUGUUCAUGCUAGACUCUAGAGUAGAGAAAUGUACUAGACUUGGGUCCCAGACGGGUUGUCUGUUGAUUAAGUUGCCGUUGAGUGCUCCUAUUUCCCCACUUGCCUUUCAGAUGGUGAUUCAUGAGAAUCUAUGUCCGCCGGUUGGCCGGCUAGUUAGUAUCGGCGAAGAAAAAGUUCUCGGAAAGGCGGUGGUUUUCCACUGCCUCUCCCACGCCGUCUCGCUCGACAUCCGGGUCAGCUACAAGUGUGCAGCAUCUCUGGAGGAAGCCGAAUACGCUACGCUCAAGGUAGCAUAGUACACGAUAUACUUAGUAGUAUGGAUACACGCGUAAUGUAAAUAGCAUGCAAGCAAAGAAAGCAGCGUCACAAAGCAAAUGGAAAUUUGUACAAAUGUG